AAGUUUAAAUGAGGGAUGUUCAUUGGAUCGACUGUAAGUGUCGCUGACUCGUACGUGGUGCGAUAUUGAGUUGUGAUCAUUGCGUGUACACUUUCUUUUGCAUUCAAGUCAAAUAAAUAAUGAGUGAACAGAACAGCGGUGAGGAUUUAGCAACAGCAAUCCUUCGAAAGAAGGAUAAGCCAAAUAGAUUAUUAGUUGAUGAAGCUAUGGCAGAUGAUAAUUCUGUUGUGGCUUUGUCUCAAGCAAAGAUGGAUGAAUUGCAAUUGUUUAGAGGAGAUACAGUGUUACUAAAAGGCAAACGACGUAAAGAAACAGUAUGCAUUGUACUUUCUGAUGACACUUGUCCAGAUGAAAAAAUUCGUAUGAAUCGUGUCAUUAGAAACAACUUACGAGUUCGCUUAAGUGAUAUUGUUUCUGUACAUGCAUGUCCAGAAGUUAAAUAUGGAAAGCGCAUUCAUGUACUACCAUUAGAUGAUACCAUAACUGGUCUUACAGGGAAUUUGUUUGAAAUUUAUUUAAAGCCAUACUUUCUGGAAGCAUAUCGUCCUAUUCAUAGAGAUGACAAUUUUAUUGUACGUGGUGGUAUGCGAGCUGUAGAAUUUAAAGUUGUAGAAACAGAUCCUGGGCCAUUCUGUAUUGUUGCUCCAGACACAGUUAUUCAUUGUGAAGGUGAUCCGAUUAAAAGAGAAGAAGAAGAGGAGGCGUUAAAUGCAGUGGGUUAUGAUGAUAUUGGUGGUGUUCGCAAGCAGUUAGCUCAAAUUAAGGAAAUGGUAGAGUUACCCUUGCGACAUCCAUCUUUAUUCAAGGCUAUUGGUGUGAAACCACCGCGCGGUAUUCUCUUAUAUGGGCCUCCUGGUACAGGAAAAACUCUUAUUGCUCGUGCUGUGGCAAAUGAAACGGGCGCAUUCUUUUUCCUUAUCAAUGGUCCUGAAAUAAUGAGUAAACUUGCUGGGGAAUCUGAAAGUAACUUAAGAAAAGCAUUUGAAGAAGCUGAGAAAAAUUCCCCAGCUAUAAUUUUUAUUGAUGAACUUGAUGCUAUUGCUCCAAAAAGAGAGAAGACACACGGAGAGGUAGAAAGACGUAUAGUCUCACAACUGCUCACUUUAAUGGAUGGUAUGAAGCAAAGUUCUCAUGUCAUUGUAAUGGCUGCUACUAAUCGUCCAAAUAGCAUUGAUGCAGCAUUGCGUCGUUUCGGGCGUUUUGAUAAAGAAAUUGAUAUUGGAAUUCCUGAUGCUACUGGCCGCUUGGAAAUUUUAAGAAUUCACACUAAAAAUAUGAAGCUUGCUGAUGACGUCGAAUUAGAGGAGAUUGCAUCAGAAACCCAUGGUCAUGUUGGAGCUGAUUUAGCUUCAUUAUGUUCUGAAGCAGCAUUACAACAAAUUCGUGAGAAAAUGGACCUGAUUGAUUUAGAAGAUGAUCACAUAGAUGCUGAAGUUUUAUCUUCUCUUGCUGUUACAAUGGAUAAUUUCAAGUAUGCAAUGACCAAGAGCAGCCCAAGUGCUUUGCGAGAAACCAUUGUAGAGGUACCAACUGUUACUUGGGACGAUAUUGGUGGUUUACAAAAUGUUAAAUUGGAAUUGCAGGAAUUGGUACAGUAUCCAGUUGUACAUCCUGAAAAGUUCCUGAAGUUUGGCAUGCAACCAUCACGAGGUGUGUUAUUUUAUGGACCACCAGGUUGUGGUAAAACAUUAUUGGCUAAAGCCAUAGCCAAUGAAUGUCAAGCGAAUUUUAUUUCUGUAAAGGGACCAGAAUUGUUAACAAUGUGGUUCGGUGAAUCUGAAGCUAACGUCAGAGAUGUUUUUGAUAAAGCGAGAUCAGCAGCUCCUUGCGUAUUAUUCUUUGAUGAACUUGAUUCUAUCGCAAAAUCUCGAGGUGGCACAGUAGGAGAUGCUGGAGGAGCAGCAGAUCGUGUGAUAAAUCAAAUCUUAACUGAGAUGGAUGGAAUGGGAGCGAAAAAAAAUGUAUUCAUCAUAGGAGCUACUAAUCGACCUGACAUUAUUGAUCCCGCUAUUUUACGACCUGGUAGAUUAGACCAGUUGAUUUAUAUACCAUUGCCAGAUGAAAAAUCACGUGAAGCAAUUUUUAGAGCUAAUCUUCGAAAAUCACCAGUAGCCAUGGACGUUGAAUUAAGCUAUAUAGCUAAAGUAACACAUGGUUUCUCGGGAGCUGACAUAACGGAAAUUUGUCAACGUGCGUGUAAACUCGCUAUAAGACAAAGUAUUGAAACAGAAAUUCGAAGAGAAAAAGAACGUGCCAAUAAUCCAUCUGCAUCUAUGGAUGUAAAUAUAUAUAUGGACGAAGAUGAUCCUGUGCCAGAAAUAACCAGAGCACAUUUUGAGGAAGCAAUGAGGUUUGCUCGACGUUCGGUGUCUGACAAUGAUAUUCGAAAAUAUGAAAUGUUUGCACAAACGCUUCAGCAGUCACGCGGAUUCGGAACUAAUUUCAGAUUUCCGCAGAGCGGAGGAAGUGGUACCCAAGAUACAACGCAAGGUGAUCAAACCUUCCAAGAUGAUGGUGACGAUGAUCUUUAUAGCUAAGUCUUCGUGUCUUUGUACCUCAUUACAGCGAGCAUACGACAAAAGGGCCUGUUUCUGUUUUAUAGAAAAAACUUUGCGUUUACUAACAGACAAUGUGCAGAAACGAAUUUUAAGAAACUAAAAACUGUGAGAACACAAAUUUCUAUUUGAAAUUCAUAUUCUAAAAAAUCUAUGCAUUUGCAUGCAGUUUUUAUACACGUAAUUGGGGCAGCUCUUAAGUGAGGUAAGAUAAACAAAAUUUAGUUAAAAACCAUUUUUGAUAAACAAUUUUCGAGUUAAGCCACGUCUGAUGCUGAAUAAUUUAAACAUUAAAUAUAAAAUUUAUUUAAAUACAUUUCAAGUUAGUAUUUAAAUACAUUCCGUUGUUAUUUAUAUGUUUGAUAUUUCAAGUGUAAUAAAUGAUACAUAUAGGAUUUGGAAGUUAAAUAAUAAUUCUCUCAGUAAAAAUAUAGUUGUAAUUUAUUUGUAUGUACGACUGAUCUAUAGUUGUAAUACAUACUGCCCUGAUAUUUCAUCUCGUUUACAUGCUGCAUAGAAUCAUAAAUUUUCAAUCAUUUUUAUCUAUUCACUUUUACAUCCAUAUGAGCUAAAUGUAAUUCUAGCUCAUUUAGUAACAGUGUCAUAAAUUUCAAUGUAGAGAGAUAGACCCUUUUGUUAAGUUGCCUCUGAAUUCUAUAAUUACAUUUUAUUGUUCACACUCUAAGAUUACAGUAACGUGGGAGUUUAUGCAAUGUCAGUGAAAUUGUUGGAACUGGUGAUGUGUAUUGGUGAAUUUGCAGUCUGCUUGUAGUAGUAAAUUUACUUACAAAUUACCAAAGAAUCUUUUGAAACCUAUCAUUUUAGAAUAAAGUGUUAAAAUCAUACAUUUUAUUGCAUUAUUUAGAAUCUCAUGAUGAUUGGUCUUUUCAGAGAGCAAUACAGUAAAUAAAAUUAUAUUGGUAUGCAAUCCAAUAAAGUUAGACAGUUUAUAUACUUCUGA